CAUGGAGUCGGUCAGCAGCCGGGAGCUUCAAGCUAAGGAGUAUUUGGAAAAACAUCGGAUCAUGGAUGUGCUGAACUAUCUCACUAGCAUGCUCCUCUUUAACAAGCCGGAAAAGCCAAGGGAAUUUUUAAUGUCUUUGUUGGAACGUAUAAGAAUUGCUAAAGUGACAGGUAUAGCUUUUCCUUACUUCAUGGACAACACCAACAUCACAGCCAUGUUUGAGAUGCUGGAUGCUGCAGGCAGAGGCAGCAUAUCUGUUGUACAGUACAAAGAAGCCCUGAAAACCUUGGGACUGAGCUAUGAAGAUGUUUUAGAGGUUGAGGGCCGUGUGGUAACUUUGGAAAAAUUCAAGAGUGAAGUGAACAAGAGGACAGAGAAAAUAUGGUCGGCAUUUAGACAAGAUGUACCCAAGAUAAGGAAGGACUCAUAAAGUUUCCAUUUGUUCAGUUUCAUUCUUU